UUUAGAUUACUGUAUAAAAAUUCAAUUAUGAAGACAUUUGUGAAUGUAAGCUACACGACUGGCUUGUCAUUGCACGUCAGUGGCUUGAUUGAACGUCUGAUAGAGAUUAUUUAAACGAGAAAGAUUAGACGCAGAAAAUAGCUGAGAAGGUCAGCUCCUUGUGUUGCUCAUCGACAGGCAGCCUUCCUUGGAUAAGAGGUGUGGCUUAGCUAGUUGCUAUGGUAACUGAAGAACAGCUGAUGUUUCCUUGGUAAUGGGGACAGAUGCUGAAGAACUAGGCUUGGGGUAAGCUAAGCUUCAGUUUGCCCUUGUAAAGUUAACACAUGCAUGAGAUGCAGACUAUUCAUUAAUACUGUUAUAACACAUCAGUACACAAGAAAUUAUGUAGUAUAUCAUAGAACUGUACGUUUACAGUCUACUUGUAAUAGUGUUACCUUAAUCACACCCAUUAUUUGUCUGGCCCUGCUUGCAUUCCCCAAAGCCGGCUUUGCAAAUUAAUGUCCUGGCAUCUGGGUGAUGGUGGGGGUCCCAGUCACUUGUCUCUUGGCAGAAAACAAAUACAAAGAACCAAGUAUAUAUGAAAAGGAAAGUAUAGCCAUAUUGAGCAGUAUCAGUGUGUUAAUUAUGCAGAUAUGCAAAUCAGCCAGCCUUGGGCUUGUUUCUAUAAUAGGCACUAGAACUUGAUGGCUCCAAAUCCGUGGGUGGUAUAAGGAGAAAGGAAGAACAGUCUGUACUACGAGGCGGCUCUUACUCUACUUCUUGAUGCAGUAAUAAGAAAAAAAUAUUAUUCAUAAACUCUCUACACUAAUGCUAGAGAGGCAUUUCAGAGUAGCCAGCUUGCUUACCAGUAUGUUGUUGGGUGUCGGGAGUGCUCGGGAUCAAACCCCAGGCUUUAGUGCCGUUCUGGACUAGCACAACCUGCUGCAUCACCAUCAUUUUUUUUAAGAUUAUGUAAGAGGGUCUUUGAUGAAAGGGCUAGGUCAGUGGUGUCAUCUUGAAAAUGACUUUAGAUGUCAUGUGAUGGAUUGAAUGCCACUCAGUAGGAGAAGGGUAAUGUCUGAUAACAAGCAGGAAAACAGGAGGCAUUUGUUUGCGACAUAGCCAACAAAAUCAGUACGGACACAGAGGUUUAUUUUCAUUGUCAGCUGCCUCCUGUUGUUGUCAGCAUUAAGAGUGUCCUUAUUCAUUGUCUGUGUUCCUGAGAUCAAUAUGUCUGAGCACAAGAUCAGCCCUCCACACACUCGCUCCCCUACUUGCAGCCACCACCAUGACAAGACUCACGUUGUCAUGGCAACAGGAGGCGGUUGCUUUGGAGACUUAAUGAAACAGGGCGACCAAGGAAAUAAUGGCAGCUCACUGGAGAGUUUACGGUGGGUGGGUUAUGGAGCUAAACAUAGAACCUUAGCAGCCAGUACAAGUCCUUCAGGCUCUUGGUGUGGCUUCUUUCUCAGUCUCUCUUUGUCUAUCUUUGACUACCUGCAUUCUUACAUUCACUAUGAAUUAUGUCACAUUAACAGCUUUGAGGAUUUAUUUAUUUGAGUAAACAAUUGUUUUUGCCUACCUUUUCAAAUAGUCGCUGUACAAGUCUGAGAGUCUUUUGUACGAGAUGGUCACAGUCACACUAUGGACACAGCCAACUUAAUGCAACCUCUGAAUUGCAAGUUUUGACCUCUCUGCAGUACAACUGCACAGCCUUCUUAUGGCAUUUUAUCAUAUGAUAUAAGAUUUGUGUUCCUGUAUACUGCCGGUGAACUGGGUAGCCUGUUUCUAAAGAUCUGCUUCAAGAGUAGGCUAAAAUAGAUUUCAGUUUUAGAACACCAUAUCUCCUGAGUCUAUUUGUCCUUUUUGCUGUUGUUUAAAUUGGUUUUCCUGUUGUCUUGUGGCUGGUAUGAAUUUUAUGGCUGAUAGGCAUUUCCAAUACUGUCUGACUCAUCCUCCCCAGGUAGUCUAGCAGCCGGCUCCAUACGUGACAAAAUCAGAGACAACAGACUUCAAUUUGCCUUCAUCCUGGUCACUGAUUUUUCACGCUAUUUGGCGUACAUCCAUCUUUGUUUAUCCCCCUCCCCACACUGCUCUUUCUCUCUCUGACUGCAGUGUAUUCUAGUCCUAAAGAAAUUGUUUCACAACCAGAGUACACUGAUAUGCCACUGAUGUAAUUGGCACCAAAUUAGGAUUCUGACCCUGACAGCAUACGACUUUGGACUGCUGAUUUGCAAAGCCCCCUGCUGGUAGCCUGAGAAUGCACAGGUGAGGAGUUAAAACACUAUUAGGGCUUAUCGAGGUGGGUGUGGAAAGAAAUGGGUUAAUCUGGAGUGAUUAAAAUAGAGACAGAUGCUGUUAUGAUCACCGUGUAUUGAUUAAUGCUGUGACUAGAUGCAUUUCUAGACUGCAACUGGUUAAGAUCAUUUUCAGGCUGUAAGGGUUCAAGUCGCACGUCUUGCACAUACUUCAUUUGUGGGGAUGGUAAGAGAUUUAAUAAGGUAAGAUAAGCAAAGAUUAUAUUAUAAGCUAGACCUUUUGCAAAAUUCAGAAGAGGAAGUGGAACAGGGGGGGGAACGGAUGGGCAUGAAGCCGCCAGCGUGGAGAAAAUGAGUGAGGCAAAAAGGAUGGGCUAUCCAGAAGAGGAGGGAGCUUAUUUUUUCCAGCAGCGAAUAAGCUGCUACACAAAGAACCAUGUGACAUGAGCCAGAGAAAUGGCCAUCAAAUGGGGAGGGCGGGUGGCUGUCUGAGAGAGGGAGAAAGAGCACUGAUUCAUUCUCACAGAUUCUUGGUGAAUUGUUGAUCGUAGAUACAGAGAGAGGUAACGGCUCACACUUUAAUCCGUGGAAAACUAGACCACAGCCAGAAGGGAUAAAUCUCAACUAUUAUAUUGUAACACAGAAGAAAAAGAAGGAAAUUUAAAAAGAAGACAAAGGCAUAUAUAUUUAAGGACUAGGUAGCAAUAGAGGAGGAAAAGCAUGUCCUCUCUCUCCAACCAACAGCCAGCAUCUCCGUUCUCGGAGUAUAGUGAGCUAUGCAAAGGUUCUUCUAUGUCCACACCCCCUGCCACGCAAGGAUGGGAUUGGCAGCAUGGUGACAUUGGGGCUCCUAGGAGCUUUGCUGGUACCCCACGAGCCCUGGGGCUGACUGAUGAAGAUAAGCUGUGUUUCUUUGACCCUCCAGCAGCAAUGGGCAAGGAGUCAGAGCUGCAGGUGCCUGGAAGAAGUGCAAUUCCUGGGAGCAUGUCACUAAGCAGCGUAGGGGGGAGUCUAGAGAGUCCUCUGUCUUCAUCUCCCUCACCUGCAUCUCCUGGGAAAUUCUCAGCAUCUUUAGAUUCUGCAGGUAACAGUGGGAUGAUGCCCCCUUCACAACUUUCAGGAUCAUCUUCACAGAACAUUGAUGUCCUUUCCCCUCUUGAAUCUCUGAAACCAGCCAGUGUAGCGGAAUGGAAUCAGUCACCUCAUGGCCUCAGUCCAGAGACAAGCCCCAAGAUGGGCUCUCCUCAAGCACCCCCUAACUACUGUGUAAUAGGAGUUGUUAACGAUAAUUACCUUGAGGGUGGAGAUGAAGGUGUUGGUGGAAGACCGGCGACUGAGGGAUCAUCAAAUGAGAGUGAGGAGGAGGGUGAAGUUCUUGAGCCUUGUUUCAUGGGUCGAGCUGAGCAACAGAGGAAGGCUAUGAGGAGAGCCAUGUCAGAGUGUUCCCAUUUGUCUGUGCCAGCCAGCAUUCAGCUGCCAGACAAGUACCCUGGCGGAGGAAUGCUGGAUGAGCUGACCUCGCCAGUAGGAGGACACCGUCGGCCUUACACUGGGGGCAUGAAACGCUCACUCACUGUGGCAGACGAUCAGCCCCCAACACCUCCACCAACCCUCUGUGCUACUGGAGCUCGGAACGGAACUGGGACAACACUCCAUCUUACCCCAUUUCCAGCACUCAAAAGUAACAGAAUCUUUCCUCACUCACCCAUAGAGGACGUUCCGGAGGGUUCAAUUGUAGACAAGGACCAGGGUGUACUUUUGCCAGUGCCCGUCACAAGUCGAGCUCUUAAUGGCAGCACUGUUGGUGCUGAAGGCAACGUCAGUCUGUUCCCAGUACUUGAGGUCAAAACGGAGAAAAUCCAGCCAGAUGUGAAGAAAAUAGAGAGCCUGGAUAAGUCCGAUAUGUUCAGCAAAGUGGACAAGGUUGAGAAGACUGACAAGCCUGACCAGGUGGCCAAAGUCGAAGAGACCGAUGUAAAAGGCAAGAAGGAAAGCAAAGAUAGUAGUGACAAGCAAGAUGCAUUUAAUCAGGUGGCCAAAGUCGAAGAGACCGAUGUAAAAGGCAAGAAGGAAAGCAAAGAUAGUAGUGACAAGCAAGAUACAUUUAAUAAGGUGGCCAAAGUCGAAGAGACAGAUGUAAAAGACAAAAAGGAGAACAAGGAUAGUAGUGAAAAGCAAGAUACACUUAACAAGGUGGAAAAAGUCAAAGAGACAACUGUAGACAAUAAGGCAGAUAAACCAGACAAAACUGAGCAGCCUGACAAAUCAGAAAAGAUUCAUGAACCUGAAAAAGCAGAUGCAAGUAAAAAGGCUGAAAAUUUAGAGCAAGUUGAAAAAAUCCCUGAUAUAAAGGCUAGUGAAGGUAAGAUGGAUAUGUCUCCAGAGAAAAACAAGGAGGUGAAAGUGGAAAAGGUAGAGUUGAAAGCAGAAACUACCAAAGUUGAUGAUAAAACAGUAGAAGACAAAAGUGAGAAAGAAAAGCUUGAUCCUAAGCUAGAUGAGAAGUCAGAGAAGGAUAAUGCUGAAAAAGUCCAGCUCAUUCAGAAGCCUCAUGAAAAAACUGAAGAGGGCAAAGCUGAGGAAGAGAAGCUUGAUCAGAAGCAAGAAAAAGACAAAGCUGAAAAUGAAAUUGUCGUGUCAGGCAAAGACGUAGCCCCAAAAACCGACGCUGUGGAAGAGACAAAGCUGCCUGAGAACCUGGAAAAACAGGAGAAAACAGAAAAAGCUGCAACCGCUGGGAAAAAAGAGCCAUCUGCCAAAGUGGAGAAAGAAGAGAAAACCGAAAAGGCCAAAAAAGCAGCACCUAAGCCUGUGGCAACUAAUGGUGCAAGAACUGCACCAGGAAAAGACCUGCCUAGUCCAGAGAAGAAAACCAAGCCUGCUACCACGACAACCAAACCGAGCAUGGCCAAAACCCGGCCAAGCAGUGUGUCCAGUGCUGCGACCGCUCCUAAGCGCUCAACCCCAGCCCCUACCUCCACAACUACCACCUCUGCUACCCUCAGCAAAAAAGCACCCGUGCCCAAGGCACCCACACCCACGGCUGGCACCAAGCGCCCUGCUUCGGCUGCCAGUCGUCUCCCUACCACAUCCACAGUCCCCAGUGAGGUCAAGCCUAAGACAGCCACAGAGUCAUCAGUGCCAAAGUCCCAUGCUGCUCCAUCCCGGUCCGCAGCCUCCAAGAAUGGUACAGCUACCACAGCAAUGAGCAAAACCACCACAUCCAGUGCCGCCACAGCACGGCGCUCUCUGGCUACAAAGACUGAGAACAAAACAGGGGAGGAGAAGAAACCAAGCACUCUGAAGACCACAGACCCCAGCAAACCCAAAUCUGCAACUGCCAGACCAUCCACCAUUACCAGUAGUACCACAGCCCGCACCCGUACCACUAAACCUACCACAACCACUAACAACACAACCAGCACAGUGCCAGAAAGAAAGCCUCCUGUACCCCGUGCCCCUAGAGCCAGCUCCACUACCACUUCAACUACAGCUAGUACCACCACCAGAACCAGUACCCGCCCAGCAACAGCUCCAGCCCCCGAUGUUAAAAAUGUCCGCUCCAAGAUUGGCUCCACAGACAACAUGAAACACCAGCCCGGAGGAGGCAAGGUCACAGUUUCUCAAAGCAAGACGGAUGCUCUGGCUCAGGGCUCCCUCUCCAAAGAGACCAGCCAGGGCAAAGUUCAGAUAGUCUCCAAAAAGGUGGACUACAGCCAUGUUACAUCUCGCUUGGGUUCCAAGGACAAUAUCAAGCAUGUCCCUGGUGGUGGGAAUGUCCAGAUUCUCAAUAGGAAGGUUGAUCUGAGUAAAGUGACUUCAAAGUGUGGUUCAAGGGUCAAUAUCAAGCAUAAGCCAGGAGGUGGAGAUAUAAAGAUUGAGUCUCACAAAGUGAACUUCAAAGACAAAGCCCAGUCUAAGGUGGGCUCCUUGGACAAUGUCAGCCAUUCACCUGGAGGGGGGAAUAUUAAGAUUGAAUCUUUCAAGCUCAACUUCCGCGAAAACGCACGCUCUCGCACGGACCACGGCGCCGACAUUAUCACCUGGCCCGUCGUGGGUGACAGCCCUGCCCACCUCCAUCCGCUCCGCAACAGCGUCUCAUUCAACGACUCGUUGGUGACAGCCCGCUUGCCUCGCUCCUCCACCACCCCUGCCCUCCUCUCAGCCUCUCAAGACCAAGAGGGUGACACUGUCUCUCUCAACACACUCCUCACAUGACUUCCCCCACCACCAUCUGUUAACUCUCAUAACCUCGCCCCAUGGCUAUACUGUUUCCGUCUGAGUAUUCAGUCUGGCAAUUAGUAGGUGAAAAAUGAAUUUGGUGGAAUCUAUUCACCGGCCCUUUCUUAGCUGUUUAACUUGUAUUCAUACGCAGUUUAUUCAUCAUCUUCACUAGUAGGCUCUGUCCUGUGUGUUUUUUGUUUUUUUGUUUUUUUUCCUGGAAAGUUUGGUCUUAUUCAGUGCUGCAGUCUUAGAAUUGAUCUGAUUUCCCAUAAUGUAGUCAUCUGAAGAUACAUGGCCUGCAUUCUUGUGUUUACACAACUCCCUUUAGAAACGUUGGACCAUAGUGUCGUAUUGCGCCUCUAUGUCAGCAUGCGGGGCUGUCAUGUGAUCCUAAUAAGCAUCGACUACCCUGCUUCAGUAUCUUCAAGUCUCAUAACCAACUUGCUUUCACUGUUUUUCAAGGAAACUCACAUUUAACAUAUGUAGUCGGUCUCACCUGUAGGUUUGAACUAAACUGCUCUAAAAUUGUGUUUCGUGAUGUUUUUGAGUAAAUACUGUGGCUACAAGCUGUAUGUAUGUUUGAUUUUUCAUUUCCUGUAUACUCGGAUGUUUGAUUGUGUCAUCUGUUUCCUUUUAGUAAAGCAAUACAGCAGUCUUUGCGUAUAGGACAUUAACUACGUCUUGAAACAAACAUACACAAAAGGUACCGCUUAGAAUCUCAAACAUAGCUUUACACGUCUCAGAAAGUGUUCCCGCUCAGCGGGUGAUGAGGCCGGCAGAGUUAUUAGAACAAUGAAUGUGAGGAAGGAAAUGGGUAUGAAUUUAUUGGAUGUUACAUGAAGUGUGAAUUAAGUGCAAUUGAAAUGAAGUUAUUGAUCAUGUACCACAGUUUGAUGCUGGUGCUGUGCCUAGACAUUGGUUUGAGAUGAAAAGAGGAGAAAAAAGCAGCUCAUUUGUGCUGCUUGACCUAAUUUUUUAGGAGGGAGUCUGAAUCAGUAAUUACUUUUGGAAAGAUACAGAGGCACUUAGAAUGUCAAUCUGACACAAAGCAUUUUGUUGGGCUAGAUCAGUUAUUGCCUUUAAUGGAAUUUAGUUGACCUGUAAAUGUCCUUAUAUGUAGUUCCAGUUCCACUUACACAUGGUUUUGGCAUGUAAAAGCAAAGCUUGCCAGCAUAACAUUUAUUAGUCACUGAAGAAUUAUUUGACAGUCCCAUGUAUGUUCCGAAAGCAUGUUGGAGACAGCAGUUAUGUUAGCUUAUUUCUCUUGUAGCAUUUAAUCUUAGUCACCUCUGAAUAGCCUUUUUAAUGUGGUCAAAGUCAUGCGUCCCACUUAGAAAACCUUACAUGUCACAGAGUUGUUGUUUUUUUUUUUUUUGGGGUCCCUUACAGUGGAGAAAGGAACAUAAUUUUGCAAGGAAAAUCAUGGUGUUAAAUGCAGUGCAUUUUUGCCUUAUGUUUUAGCAGUGAAGUGAGCUCCAAAACACUACAAUCAAAUGAAUUCAGAUAUUAGUUAAAUACCCUUUUAUUAGCACAAAUUACCUUCAUACGGUUGAAGGUUUUGAGCACUAUUAUCAAAUCACAGAUCAUUCAAAUCCACACUGAGAUUUUUAUCUCGGUAAUAAUCGAUCAAUCAAAGUGCCACUGAUGAGAAAAUCGGGGGUGGGGUGGGAGGGGGGUUGAUUAUUUUGAUUCAUGGGCAAUAAUUCUUAUUUAUGUAAUAGUGAUUUUGAAGAACGAGAGGUUUGUAGAUAUUUGUAUUUGAACUAUGAUGUGCAGCUUUUAAAUGCUCCGAGUAUGGGUUUCGUUGACUUUAUUUUUUAACCUUCAGCUAGGUAAAUAAAAUGUGGUCAAUUUAAAGUCGCUUCCCUGUAUGCAAUAUUCUUUUUCUUUCUUUUUUUUUGUGACAUGCAGUGUAGUCUGCUUUUUCAUUUAACAGCUAUUGUUUCUCAUUAACUAGCACACCACUAUAUGUAAAUAUAUAUUUAUACACUCAAUAUUGGCGCUGGAAGAAAAAGUUGGAAAAUAAAGGAAACAUUAAUCAUGUUAUAAAAGAAUGUCAAGUAAAGCUUUGGUGUGUUGUUAAGAAGUGCGCUUGUCAUUAUCUUUAUUCAUUAUCAUUAUUAUCAUUAUUAAUAUUAUUAUUAUUAUUAUUAUUAUUAUUUAACUGCCUUUUUCUGAGAAAAGGGCUGACAUGAAAGAAUGUUUUGUAUUUGCAUUUCUCAAUUACUGCCAUUGCUUUGGUAUGCUGGUUGUGGCUUUAGGUAGUGUGUUACUCCUGCAUAUUAGACUGACAUUUACAAACUGUUAUUAUGGAAGCCGAUGAGUUUCACAUAGUACUUGUCCCGUUAUGUUCUAGUCUUAAAAUAUGAGGAGCACAAGGUCAUGUGUGGGUAUGAUGUUCAUAGAGUAUCAAAAAUGUCAGAAAAGGUUUUUGAUUUAAACUGGUUUAUUGAAUCUAGCUGCCCUAAUAAGGCAGUGUGAUCAGUGAUUGAAAUUGGUUUAAUUUGGAUGUACCAGCUUGAGUACUUAUCACAGAGCCACAAACCUGAAGCAUACUACCCUCGUUCAAGUUAUAUUGAGGCUUCAGCAUACAACCGCAAUCUUAAAAACUUUUUUUUUGGUUCGAAUUACCCGUAUGUAAGAGUAAGAUGCCCCAAAACAUGCUUCAGCUAAAAUAUUGUACUAACAUAAAACAUACUAAGAGCAUGAAGAACAAUUGGGAUGUGUAUGGUAGCAUUGUCAUGUGCAUACAAUGUCUUUUGCAGGUUUUCUUCCACCCCACCCCUCUCCCCCAUUCAUUUUGAAAUUCAGUUUUUUUUUUCUGGUUUGAAAGAAGUGUUAAUUGUGGUCAAUUGUUAACUAGUGAUGUGAUAAUUAAACAUUAAAUAAAAUAAUGUGUUUAAAAAUA